AUGGGAGUACGCUGUCUGGUCAGUAAACUGUGCAUCAUACUCAUGGUGUUAGCCCUGGUCUCCGUGGCAACCAUUGUCACGCUGUGGACCCUUGCCCUGACGGGGGGAGGUGGCAGCGGCGACACCACAGCUCCUUGGGACAGGUAUCGUCUUCCUACGUCUUUGUCCCCGUUGUCCUAUAAUGUCACCCUAUGGCCUCGUCUCAGCCCUGACAACAACACUGGACUCUACAUUUUCACAGGUAAAUCCACAGUGGAGUUUGAGUGUGUCAGCGACACUAGUUUGAUCCUGAUUCACUCCAAUAAACUGAACUACACCCGCCUGGACAAUAACCAUGUAGCCCAGCUCUUUACAUCAGGUAAAGAUCCUGCUCCAAGUAUCAAGUCAUCCUGGUUUCAGCUGCAGACCCAGUAUCUGGUUCUGCAGCUGAAUGGGAGGUUACAUCAUGGACAGAAAUAUCAUCUGUACACGGAGUUCACCGGGGAACUGGCUGAUGACUUGGCAGGAUUCUACAGGAGUGAAUAUGUAGAAGACGGGAUGAAGAAGGUCGUUGCCACGUCUCAGAUGCAUCCAACUCAUGCCCGGAAGACCUUCCCCUGUUUCGAUGAACCCGCUAUGAAGGCAGUUUUCCACAUCACCCUGAUCCAUCCUCCUGGAACCGUGGCCCUGUCCAACGGCAUGGAGAUCGACGUCCUCAACACCACCGUUGAUGGAGUCGCUGUGACACAGACCAUGUUUGAACCCACCAAGAAAAUGUCCUCCUACCUACUGGCCGUCAUAGUCUGUGACUACACAUCGAUCAGCGCGACACAAGGAGACAAGCUGAUCCGUAUUUGGGCUCGGAGGAAGGCCAUAGAGUCCGGGCAAGGAAACUACGCCCUCAAUGUUACUGGACCUAUACUGGACUUCUUCCAGGACUAUUACAACAUCUCUUACCCUCUGAGCAAGUCAGACCAAAUUGCUCUGCCAGACUUUUACUUUGGUGCGAUGGAAAACUGGGGUUUAGUGACGUAUCGAGAAACCCACCUGCUUUAUGACCCUGUGACUUCAUCCAACAGGAAUAAAGAAACCACUGCCACCAUCAUUGCCCAUGAACUGGCCCAUAUGUGGUUUGGGAACCUGGUCACUCUCAGAUGGUUUAAUGAGGUCUGGCUCAAUGAGGGCUUUGCUUCCUAUGUCUCUUACCUUGGAGCCGACUAUGCUGAGCCUACAUGGAAUGUGAAAGACUUGAUCGUCCUUGAUGACGUGCACAGAGUAUUUGCUGUUGAUGCCUUGGCCUCCUCUCAUCCUCUGUCUUCUGAUGAGGACAGUAUCAUCCUACCAAACCAGAUCCUUGAGCAGUUUGAUGCCAUCUCAUACAGCAAGGGUGCGGCAGUGUUGAGGAUGUUAUCUGACUUCCUCUCAGAGCCGGUCUUUGUCCAGGGCCUCAGUACAUACCUCAAUUCCUUUGCCUACAGUAAUACAGUAGGGAAUGAAUUGUGGCACCAUCUACAAAUGGCAGUGAUGGACAAUAAUGUGUCCCUUCCUUGUCCAGUUCGUGACAUCAUGAACCGUUGGGUCCUUCAGAUGGGUUUUCCGGUAGUUACCAUUGACACAGCCACAGGAACUGUAUCCCAGAAGCACUUUCUGCUGGAUCCAGAAUCUAACGUUACAGUUAUAUCACCCUAUGAGUAUGAAUGGGUGGUUCCAGUCAGAUGGAUGAAGUCUGGUGAGGUUCAGACAGACGUGUGGUGGCUGAAAAAACAGACAGAGGUGAAUUUGGGGAUGAGGAGCGGUGCUUCGUGGGUUCUGGGAAACAUCAAUGUGACUGGUUAUUACCGGGUCAACUAUGACCUGGGAAACUGGGAAAGACUCCUCAAUCAACUUCAUUCAGAACAUCAGGUGAUUCCACUGAUAAACAGAGUCCAGCUUUUGGAUGAUGCUUUCAACCUUGCCAGGGCUCAGCUCAUCUCCACCACCUUAGCUCUGAGGACAACCCUGUACCUUAGUGCAGAGACCGAGUACAUGCCCUGGCAGUCAGCCCUGGACAAUAUGCAGUACUACUACCUCAUGUUGGACCGGACUGAAGUGUACCAGCCUCUGCAGGAUUAUAUGAAGAAACUGGUGACUCCGCUCUUCAUGUAUUUCAAGAAUAUGACGGGAAACUGGACUCAAGUUCCAGACGGACAUACUGACCAGUACAACCAGGUGAAUGCUGUCCGAACUGCCUGUAGAACCGGACUCGCUGAAUGUCAGAACUUGACGUCCACUUGGUUCCGACAGUGGAUGGACGACCCUCAACACAACCCGAUCCAUCCGAACCUGCGGUCGGCGGUUUACUGCAGCGCCAUGGCGACCGGAGGGCACGCGGAGUGGAAUUUCACCUGGGUCCAGUUCAAGUCUGCGACUGUGGCCAGUGAAGCUGAUAAACUCAUGUCUGCGUUAGCCUGUACCAGUAACACAGAGCUGCUGCAGAGGUAUCUGUCGUACACGUUGAACCCAACUCUGAUCCGAAAACAGGACGCCACCGCCGUCAUCACGUCUGUGGCUGGAAACCGAGUGGGACAGAGUCUGGCGUGGGACUUCGUCAGGGACCAGUGGACGUACAUGUUCACAGAAUAUGGUGUGGGCUCAUUCUCCUUCGCAUCCUUAAUCAGUGGCGUCACAGCGAGGUUUUCCACGCCCACCGACCUCCAACAGCUGCAGGAGUUUGUGGAGGCGCAUAAAGGCUCUGGCUUUGGCUCCGCCUCCGCAGCUGUGGAUCAGGCUCUGGAGAAAACUAAAGUCAACAUCAAGUGGUUGGAUCAGAACCAACAGGAGAUCCACGAGUGGCUCCAGAAGACAAUUUAAAUAGGAUCCAGUGGGUUUAGU